AUUUUAAUUCUGUCAAUCAAAAUUCCUCCGAUCUCUGAUCUGAAUCAGAGAGAGACAGAUAGUGAAGAAAAUUUUCGCUACAAUGGUUGGAUCGUCGAGUUCAUGGUCAACUGCUUUGGUUAAGAUCUCUCCGUACACCUUCGCCUCCAUCGGAAUCGCCAUAUCUAUCGGCGUUUCCGUCCUUGGCGCCGCCUGGGGAAUAUAUAUAACAGGGAGUAGUUUAAUCGGUGCUGCAAUUAAAGCUCCUCGCAUUACUUCCAAAAAUCUCAUCAGUGUAAUUUUCUGUGAGGCGGUAGCCAUAUAUGGAGUUAUUGUGGCUAUCAUUCUUCAAACAAAGCUGGAGAGUGUGCCUUCAUCGAGGAUUUAUGAUCCAGAGUCCCUUAGAGCAGGCUAUGCCAUCUUUGCAUCUGGAAUAAUUGUGGGAUUUGCAAAUCUUGUUUGUGGACUGUGUGUGGGAAUAAUUGGCAGCAGCUGCGCUUUAUCUGAUGCACAAAACUCUUCUCUCUUUGUUAAGAUCCUUGUUAUUGAGAUUUUCGGUAGUGCUCUUGGACUGUUCGGUGUGAUUGUAGGCAUUAUCAUGUCAGCCCAAGCAACAUGGCCGUCUAAGGGGUGAGUUCUUAUUUUGUACCAACUGUUUUUAGUUUCAGGUGGUUUUAAUAUUAUGUCUUCAUCAAUUGCUUGUAGUUUUGAUGGGUAUUUUCUAUUUUUGUCGUUUUCAUGCGAUGUAAAAGUGAAGAAUCUUUGGCAAAAACACGGAACAAAAAUAUGUUACCAACAAUCUCGUACUGUAUGUAAUUUAAUCAGUUAAUAAAUUUGGUACGAGUUCCUAUGAAA